UUCAAGCCCAUCAUGCAGGAGUACAGCUUCAAGGUCAACAGCCUCGAGGAGUUCGAGCCCAACGACGAGUUUCUCGGCCGCAACUGGAACAACGGCGAGACCAUCGAGCUCGUGCUGCGCGACCGGCGCAACCCCGACCGCUUCGUGCCUCUGAGCUUCGUCGCUCGCGUCUUCUGCCACGAGCUCGCGCACAUCGCGCACAUGAACCACCUCUCGCCGCACACGAAGCUCACCGGCGAGCUCUGUCGCGAGGUGCGGCGCUUGCAAAGCACGGGCUACUACGGCGACGGCUUCUGGAGUGCCGGUCGCACACUCGAGGGCGACAGCGUGGCGGGCAUGAGUCAACUGCAGCCCGACUUCGCCUUGCCGCGCGAGACGUGCGGAGGUGCCUAUCGUCGCCGUGCGGGCGUCAAGCGCACGGCAGGCAGUCGACGGCCCGCCAAGCGUCGUCGUCGUGUGCCGGGAGCCACGCUGACGAGUGGAGCUCAGACGGGCAAUACGAUCAAGCCGGGAGUGGGAAAGCAGAGACUCAAUCGCGAGCUGCCCGGAACUGGAGGUCGUGUUGAUGGGAGAGAUGAUCUGCCGAAGGCGAGCGCCAAGGAUGCUUCUUACAAGGACGACCCCAACUCGACGUUCCGCAAGCAUGCGCAGAGCAAGAGUGCGCGUGAGCUGCGCGCCGAGGCAGCGCAGCUGCGCAUGUUUGGGCAGAAGCAAAGCGAGGCAGCGGCCGCGGCCGAGGUCGAGGAGGCAUUUGCCGACUUUGACGACAACUUCCGCGUGCGUCGUCAAGAGCAGCGGCGUCGUACGCCGCCGCCGGAGUGGUCGGAAACGGAGAGUGAGACGGAUGAGGAGGAGGAGGAGGAGGAUGAGGAGGAUGGGGUGGUGUUCUAUGAGAGCCAGACGGAGAGUGAUGAGGACGUGGAUGAGCUGGACGGAGAAGCGCCUCGCAGGACGCAAGCGAGCAAGGUGAUCUCUUGCAGUGGCGCGCAGAAGUCGUCGCAGCUCGAGCACCCGGUCGUCGGCACGGGCAAGGAGCGACAGCGUAGCGUCAACCGCGGUGAAGGCUCGUCGAACGGAGCGCACAAGGCACUCGGACAGCCGCUCCCGGGCGUCUGUGGCGACUCGGACUCGGACGACGACGUGGAGAUUGUGGGCGUCAAGCGCUCCAAGAAGGCGAGCUCGGGUGCUGCGCCUCCCAAGCGCGUCGUCAACGGCACUGAGAUGCCUCGUACGUGGGGCGAUCUCUAUCGCUCCGGCAACCUCUCCUCCAACGCCACGGUGCCCAAGCCCAGCAAGUUCCGCAGCGACAAGCUGCCGCCUCCUCCCUCGCGGCCCGUCGCUGGUCGUUCCAAGGCCAGCAGCGGCUCGAAGGAGAAGAUGGGCGGCACAGACGAGGCCGCCGGCGCCUGGGCAUGCCAGGUCUGCAGUCUCGUCAACGCAGCCACAGCGCGUCGCUGCGACGCAUGCGAGACGAGCCAGGGCAGCUCGCUGCUCGGCGAGUAAGACCCAGAGCAGCAGCCACAGCGCGCGCGCGCGCGCAUUGCGCACUUUCUUCGUCGCCUCUCCGCCCCUCACUUCGUUCCGGCAUCUGCCUUCACACAUCUCAUCUGGCUCUACCACCAUCCUCACCUCACGACCCGCGUCACCUCCACGGCACAUCUCGUCACGCCCAUCAGCUCCGUUCACGAUCAACCGUCCAUCAUCUCAUCACCAAGAGAGUCUGUCACACACACACCACACAUUCAGGCCAGCUCCGUCAUGUCCAUGUCAUCUACCACA